GGACCAUGGUGCGCGGGGUAGUUGCAGCUGUUAGGAGCACCGAGCACAAUAAUUUGUCUGUUCUUCGGCCUCCAUCCCCGCAGGAUAGAGAAAGAGGGAGCUCUAGACGGGGAGGCUCCCAAAUCGAUAUUUUUUCGCAUCUGUUCGUUCUCCGACGCGGCGGCGAAUCUGAGAACCCCUCGCUGAGUGGUCGGCGGCGAGUCCGUGAUGGUCGGCGGCCGGCGGGCGCGGACAUGCACAACCGCUCCUCCUCCUCCGCCGCCGCUGCGUCGUCGUUGCCGCUCUCCCCCGCCGACGGCUUCCUGCGCGUGAAGGACGGCGUGGACGGAAUGAUCAAGUACGUCGCCAACGAGCCCUCCGUCGGGCUCUACUUCGUCCAGCAGCACGCCCGGGCUUCCAUGCCCCUCCUCCUUGACGUCAAGGGUAAGCUCGUAGAGAAGACGCGUGAGGUGACAUUGCACACUGAAGACAUGGAGGAUUCUAUUUGCGCUGUGAGAUCCAUGGCUGAUUUUGGACUUCCACUUGCUGAUGACAUGAUCAAGGACAUAAAUAGAUCACUGCAAAUAAUGUCAAAGACCCAGCCAAAGAGAGGGUUGAUCCAAAACCCCAGUUGGGGGUUCCAGUCAAGGAAAAGCUCAGGAACUUGGGACGAACUGGGCUCUACCAAUGGAAGUAGCAGCAGGAACUACCUCUCUUCAAUGUUCAACACGGCGAAGCAAAAGGCAUCGGGUCUCAGGUGGCCGCAGCCUAAUUUUGCAACAAAAGAUGAUACUAGCGAGAACUCGGCGUCGUCUUCUGCCCUGGAAUCGCCACAAGCUGGUGGGCAAGGUGCAUCUACACCAGAUACAGAGAAGGAUGAGCUCCCCAUUUCAAGUCGGUUGUCAGAGGGUACGGCCGCAAACCGUAGCCUGCCUGCUACCGGCGUCUCGGAAACAGUGGAGGCUUACAACAAGUUCAAAGAAGAGCAGGAGCUGAAGCUUCGUGAGUGGCUAAGAGACUCUGAAGAAGCCGUCAAUGAUAAAGACUGAGUGUGCUAAAGCUGCUUCGGCCCUGUGCCUCUGUUAUUAGAUAUAUGGUACAUUCUGAACUAAAAAGAAACAUAGCACUCUGUUAAUGAAACAGAGGUUGAUUGGUAUAGAUGCACAAGAUGCCGAAAGACUGUAGUUUGUGAUGAAGGGGUUGGUCCGGACGAUUGUAACGUGACUUAUUUAUAGAUGCCAUUGCAUAGUGUUUGUCUCAAGCCUCAUGUGUAAUUGAAUCACGAUAGAUAAUAGAUAAAAGAUGUUGUCUGUUUCU